CGGUAUUUAGUGUCUGCAGGAAACGACGCCAUGCUGCGAUACUGGGACCUGGAGAGGCUGGAUCGCUCAUUUGCUGUCAGCGAAACCAGCGGGACUCCACCGCCGUAUGCGUCGUAUCGCGGAAAACGGCACUGUGUAUUAUUGUGAGAAUGCUGCGCCAAAGCACAAGACGGUGGACGGUGCUCAACAAAUGACUGUGUCGGAAGGAACUGGCCCAGUCACAGCUGUUGCACUGGUGUCGUCGCCUUCUGCCAUGGUUGUCGCCGGGCUUCAAAGUGGAUACAUCCGUGUACUAUUAUAGCUUUAUAAUUUCUUAAUCUUAACAUAGAUACAUCAACGUGAAGGUGG